AUGGCGCUGUCCAUAUUCUUUCCUUUCUUGCUGGAAAGUGUCAGCAAAUUCUUCCAACCGACUGCACUAGAUGAUUGGACGGAUAAAUUGAAUCACUACUGGGUGCCCUUUAUUCAUCUUUGGAUGGUGGUAUUUGUUGGUGCACAGAGCCAAUUUUUGGGGUGGUUUCGUUGUUACCAGCCGGAUGACCUCGGAAAUAAGUGGGACGACUGGCUCCGAAAUUAUUGCUUCAUUGAAGAGCUGCACUACAAGCCAUUUCCAAAAACAAUCGCGAUCGAUGAGAUGAACGUUAUAUUUCAUACGCAGUCCACGAUCGCCUAUUACUGGAGUGCCCCAUUAUUUAUUUUGGCAUUGACGGCUGCUUUCGCUCGUUUGAUCUCGAAACAAGAGUUGCUCAUUUUUCUACAGCUCUUCGAGAAUGGAAUCCUCCAAACAAGGAGGAGCUGGAUUGGUACAAGCUACGAGUUCAAUGGUAUCAUAUCCCACAACAACAUCGCCCACAAUGCAUAUUAUCUGGACAAAUGCUUUAUGAAAAAAUUUUCCUUAUACUAUGGCAAGCUCGUUUACUUCAUCUCUUUUUUUACGACGCUGCAUAGCCUCGUUAAAACAACAUAUAGAAUCUUCGUCCCGUCGGCCGGAAAGCGCUACAUCAAAGAAUUUCUUAGCGAAUAUGCCCUAUUCUACUCAGGCAUUGACAUAUGGACUGAAGCGACGUCAAUUGAGGUCUCCGACCAAAAACUGACAGGAUUUCUCGAGUUUUUAGGAAAAGAGUUGCCGAUUGAGGAUAAUAAUUCUGUCGUCCGCCAGCGCUUGAAAGCGGCAAUUGCCCAGUAUGAUGAAAUCCUUGGCGCU